UUGAGCAACGCUAAAUAUGCACGCAUUCAACUUUACUCGCCCAUUCGCUCUCGUCCUCGCAAUCGUCUGUCUCGCAAUCGCGGCGCCCACCUCGGAUGUUCACGCAGCGGGUAAUGUCCCCGAUAGUGCUGUUAUCAAGGACACAAUCGCGACCCAUUUGCCCGCAGCCACCUCGCCCACCGACGAAACAGGUGGUUCGACGCUGAAGCCCGACUCUUCCGAAUGUUUCAUUGCAUUGACACCUUGCGCGGCCGAUAAAGAUUGUUGUUCUGGACUUUGUAAGAUAUCCCUGAGCGCAGUAGGCCUUGGGCUUCGUUGCGUGUAAAGGACUUUUGGCACAAGCUACCGUGAAUAGGUUGGGAUGUGAAUGCGGGGAAUAUUCCAUUCAAGUUGUACAAUAGAAAUACGUACUGUUUCUGUCGACAGAAGCCAAACAGAUUCCAGAAGC